AUGGAUUUAAUUGAAAAUAUUAUCGAAGAAUAUGAAAUUAGUCUUUUUGAUUAUAACGAAUUCACUGUUUUGAUGAAUAUUGGGAACGACGAAUUACAUACAGUAGGGAAGGCUUACUGGAAAACUCGUGGGUUAAGGGUAGCGUUAAAGGGUUUAUCGAGCACAAAGUGUGUUAAAGAAUUUGCGAAAGAGCUUCAAACUUUAUGCAGAAUCAGGUUGCAGUAUCAUCCUAAUAUUAACCAAUUUUAUGGAGUUGCGAAAGAAAUUCUUACCAAUAGGUCAAUGUUGAUUGCCGAUUUUGCUAUAUCAAAAUGGACGAAUGGACCUCCGGUUUCUACAAUUGCCGCCGGUUACAAAAUACCUGCUUAUAUAGAUCCAUUAUACCUCGCCAAUCUCAAUUAUGAGCGUGACGAGAAAUCCGAUGUGUAUAGCCUAGGCGUUAUUCUUUGGGAGAUAUCAAGUGGAAAACCACCAUUCCAUGAUAAGGGCAGAGAUGAAAUGACAUUCGAAAUCUUUGGAGGAAUGAGGGAGGUUCCUGUGGAAGGUACACCAGAAGCAUAUGUUCAACUGUACCAACGUUGCUGGGAUAACGAUCCAGACAAACGUCCAACUGUCCAAGACGUCUUUGAGGCUCUAAGUAGGAUGAUGUCAGAGGAGAUUUCAGAACAUCUUCCUUUAAUAAAUCCUUAUGAUAAUAAUGGAUUGUCAAGUGGUAAUAUAUCCGCUGACUCGGUUUCUCCUGCUCCGACCGAAGAUACACCUUCAUUAACCCCUUCUAGAAAUAGCUUAUCAAGUAUGUCUAUCGAAGCAAAAACCCCUACGUCAUUAGGUUCAAUCAAUUCUAAGACCAAUUUGAUAAGCCCUGACGAGAAUAGUUUAGCAUCAAGUGUCGAUGCAACUUUUUAUACACCUGUAGUAAGCUCCGCCGAGAAUAGUUUAUCAAGUAGAAAUGGGGCUUUUGACGCUGAAACUCGUUUGUCAAGCACUCUUGCAAAUACAUUAUCAAAUAGAGGCGUGCCAAACAACGUAGAACAUCUUGAUGGAACCAAUUCACCGAAUGGCAGAACACUCGUGUCAACCUCACCACCAUUUGAAUCAGUACUGAUCAAAUUGGACCUUUUUGCAAUUAUUUCAAUCUGGAUCGAUCAAAAUCCAGGAGGUUUUUUUUCUAGAAUUCUUCAUCCAGAAAAAAAGAGCUACAAAAUUGAUAACUUUCCCCAUGUAUUUCAGCUACUCACUCGUGGAAGUCGAGAUGGAUUCACUCCAGAAAUCUUCCAUCAAAAAUGUGAUAAUAAAGGCCAAACAUUAACAAUUUUGAGGGUUAAACACACGGGCGAAAUUUUAGGGGGGUUUAAUCCAUUCAGUUGGGAAUCGCCACCCGAGUCGCGAUAUUACUACACAAAAAAAAGUUUCAUUUUCAAGUUAGAUCUUUUCAAUCCAAAGAACUCGGUAAUCUGUAGGGCAAAGCAUCAUGAGUCAAUUAAAUCAGGAAUACAUUAUGGUCCAUAUUUUCGAUGUGAUCUAAGUAUGGAAGGAGACUUUAGAAAUGAACCCAAGUGUUACUGCUUUCCCUUGUAUUAUGAAGGAGAAAUUAGGCGAUCCGAAGGUUAUUUUUCGGUGGAUGAAUAUGAAGUUUUUCAAGUUACAAGAAGGCAACAAUGA